UCCAACUAAAGUAGGCGAAGAGGCGACGUGGAUAGAUGUUGAUUCUCUCAUUCUUUCAACUUUCAACAACCAUCACAGGCACUAACGUGUAACUUUUCUAUGGGCGCCACAUUGGAACUCUUAAACUUUAAAAACAGACACAACAAAGCUCUGAUCUGAACAAACCACCAUCAUCUCCAUUCACACCAGUUGCUGCAACAAUGGCCAUACAAGAUUCAGAACGUUCCGGCGGAGGAGGAAUCCGAGUCCAGGGCAUGCAAUUCACCUACCCAGGCCAACAACCACCGCUCUUCCUCGACUUCCACCUCGACGUCUCUCCCGGAUCGCGAUGUCUCCUCCUCGGCGCCAACGGAUCCGGUAAAACCACCUUGCUCAAGAUUCUCGCCGGGAAACACAUGGUUGGAGGCAGAGACGUUGUCCGCGUGCUCAAUGGUUCCGCUUUUCAUGACACUCAGCUUGUUUGUAGCGGUGAUCUCUCUUAUCUCGGUGGAUCCUGGAGUAAAACCAUUGGCUGCGCUGGAGAAAUUCCACUUCAAGGAGACUUUUCUGCUGAGCAUAUGAUCUUUGGAGUUGAGGGCGCUGAUCCUGACCGGAGAGAUAGGUUGAUUGAGCUGCUUGAUAUAGAUCUGCAGUGGCGAAUGCAUAAGGUAUCUGAUGGGCAGCGACGUCGAGUACAAAUCUGCCUUGGUCUUCUCCAUCCAUAUAAGGUUCUCUUGCUGGAUGAGGUGACUGUUGACCUGGAUGUUGUUACUCGGAUGGAUUUAUUGGAUUUUUUUAAGGAAGAGUGUGAACAGAGAGAAGCUACAAUUGUUUAUGCAACUCACAUUUUUGAUGGACUAGAGACAUGGGCAACUCAUUUGGCAUAUAUACAAGAGGGUGAACUGAAGAGAACAGAAAAAAUAUCAGAUGUGAACGAGUUGAAGUCUUCAGCUAAUCUGCUGUCUGUUGUUGAGUCUUGGCUACGCGCCGAAACAAAGCUUGAAAAGAAGAACCCUACUUCCAACGUUCAAAAAACUUCUAGCUCUCCGUUCUUUUCAUCUAGACACAUGGCAUACUAUCGAUAGUCUCUAUUUACACAAUUUUUUUAUGAGAAUAAUUUGAGACAAAUACAAGUAAUUCAUUCUGUUGAGCUUGUCAAGUUAGUGGUUGUUUUUACUUUAGGCUCUUCAUUCUUCUGGAGGUAGCUAAACAUGUAAACAAGCAUGCUUGAAUAAUAGCUUUAUAAUUAGCUGGAUGCGCCACAAUAUCACAUGGGCAUGGCUUUGGCCAAUAAUAUGUAUUCGUUUUCCAUACCAUAAAGGUAUAUAAAUGAAAUAAACUUGCACUA